CAGCUCCUCAGAGGGGUGGGACGUGGGGACGGAAGCUGGACUGAGGGACCUGGCACUGCCGCAAGGCACCGCAUGCUCCAGGCAAGUCAUUGCAGGUGUGAGCUCUCUGCUUCCUGCUCCUUCCGUGCCUACAGGCUCUCAAGCUUCUCUGCCAGGAUGGACUCUCAUCCUUCUGGAACUGAGACACCUCACUCAGUCCCACUCUAAGUCCCGAUGCUUUCUUCCUGGAAGCGACCCAUGCUCCUGUCUGUGCAUGAGGACCCUAUGCCCACCACAGCCUCUUUUGGCUCUGAAAUGUUCAACAUCACCACGCAAGUCCUUGGGUCUGCUCUUAACCGGACCCUUCCUGAGCAGGACAACUGCCCGGACACGGAGGCCUGGUGGAGCUGGCUCAAUGCCACACAGGCCCCCUUCCUUUGGGUCCUCUUCCUGCUAGCGGCAACAGAGAACAUCUUUGUCCUUAGUGUGUUUUGCCUGCACAAGAACAGCUGCACGGUGGCAGAGAUCUACCUGGGCAACCUGGCGGCUGCAGACCUCAUCCUGGCCUUUGGGCUACCCUUCUGGGCCAUCACCAUCGCCAAUAACUUCGACUGGCUAUUCGGGGAGGUGCUGUGCCGCGUGGUGAACACCAUGAUCUACAUGAAUCUCUACAGCAGCAUCUGCUUCCUGAUGCUCGUGAGUAUAGACCGCUACCUGGCACUCGUAAAGACCAUGUCCAUGGGCAGGAUGCGCGGCGUGCGUUGGGCCAAGGUCUACAGCCUGGUGAUCUGGGGCUGCACCCUGCUCCUGAGCUCACCCAUGCUGGCGUUCAGGACCAUGAGAGAGUACAGCGACGAGGGUCACAACGUCACGGCCUGCGUCAUCCGCUACCCAUCCCACACCUGGGAGGUGCUCACCAACGUGCUGCUGAACCUGGUGGGCUUCCUGCUCCCCCUGAGCAUCAUCACCUUCUGCACUGUGCAGAUCAUGCACGUGCUAAGGAACAACGAGAUGCAGAAGUUCAAGGAGAUCCAGACGGAGAGGAAGGCCACGGUGCUGGUCCUGGCUGUGCUGCUUCUCUUCAUCCUGUGCUGGCUGCCCUUCCAGAUAAGCACCUUCCUGGACACGCUGGUGCGUGUUGGGGUGCUCUCCGGUUGCUGGAAUCAGCAUAUCGUCGAUGUCAUCACGCAGAUCAGCUCCUACCUGGGCUAUAGUAACAGCUGCCUCAACCCACUGGUGUAUGUGAUCGUGGGCAAGCGAUUCCGGAAGAAGUCUCGGGAGGUGUACCAGGGAGUGUGCCGGAGGGGAGGCUGUGUGGGAGAACAGGUGCAGAUGGAGAACUCCCUGGGGACGCUGCGGACCUCCAUCUCUGUGGAGCGCCAGAUUCACAAAGUGCAGGACUGGGCAGGGAACAGACAGUAAGUGAAGGCCACGAGGCAAGACUACUGCCAAGGUGUAUGGGGACUGGUGGCCCGGGGCUCCUCAGUCUGGGCUCAGGAAGGAGGAACAGGAAGCAUCCCAGGCAUCUCCAGGAAAACGGGAGUGAUUACAGUCUUGUCCAAGGGUGUGUGCUUUGAGGAAGGCAUCGCCUGGAACACAGCACCAUUCUUAUUGGCUGACACUCUGGGGAACCUGGAGUGAAUCAGUCCUAAAGCAAGAGGCAGGAGUGACAGAGCUUCCUUUCCAUGGGGAGAUUGAUGGCUCAGAUCGCCAGGAAAACUGCCACUAGCUUUGGUCCUAUGGUUGAGUGCUCAGGAGGCCUGGCAGAACCCUGACCCAGUUCCAAGGGAGGACGAUUUCUCACUCUCCUCAGGGUUAAAGUCUGAGAGGUCCCUGGUAAGGACCCAAAGACCAGGGUUCUUUGGCUCCUCUCACCAGUGGACAAGAGAGAGAAAGAGAACACAAUAAGUGUUAAUGGAGCACUUGCUGUAUACAUAGUUUUGGGCACUUUGGGCUAGAGGGAAGAAAGACACAGUACAGUCUGUGUCUUAAAGGAACCCCCAAACCCAAGUGGAGAUGCCCAAGCACUCACAGUCCCCAGAACACUGCUGAUGAUGUGGCCAAAAGGGGCACCGUAAGCCAACCAGUCCAGCCUGUGACCCUUACACAGUGGCCUGGUCCUGCCUCCUCUUCCAUAAAGUAAGCUCAUCUUGUGCUUUGUAAAGUGACAGGUGCUAUGUAAAUGUGAGUCAUCAGUACACACAGCACACAGGGAUACACUUAUCACAGGGCUCAGAAACCUCUCCUAGGGGAGAACCACUGUUGGAGGCCACGGUAUCUGCAUGCAAGAUGUCCCAGACCCCAACUCCCCUCCACCUUUCCUUCCUAGAACCUGCCUCCCACAUCCAUACAAGAAAGCAUGGGGCCCAGGCCCUGGCUGCAAGUCAGUGAAUCCAAACUGCUUCACACUGGUGCCUAUCUCAGUGACCAUGGGGUGUCAACCAACGGUUUGAUAUUCUUUUAUAAAAUUUAAAUUAUGUGUAUGUAUGUUUACGGGUGGGUGUGUGCACAUGAGUGCAGGUGCCCUCCAAGGCCAGAGGUGUGGGAUCCCACUGGAGCUGGACUUACAGGCAGUUCCAACUAGGAUCCUCAGAGAGAGCACUGUAUGCUCUUAACCACUGAGGCAUCUCUCCAGCUCUUCAGUGGUCUGAGAGAGAGAGGGAGCAGCAGAGGCCACUCAAGGGCAGCUGACCAAUGAAGGCGCAUGUUCACGUACCUCAGAGCAUCACUUCCAGUGCCAGCCUCCCUACAUGGCCACAGAGCAAUUCAUCAAUGAGGCCAGGGUUGGGCUGAACUGCCUGGGCCUGGGGACUUUGAGGAGGCCCCUGGGGACAACACACCUACACACUGAACAGAUCUUCGGCUAAAUAGAGAGGAGAGGAUACCAUGCCCAAGUGGCUUCAUGGCCAACAGGUUCCCCAUUAGAACUGACUGAAGGGGCCUCAGGUGAGCUCAGGUGUCAGUGCAGACAGCUGUCCCAGUAAUGCCACCCGGAGACUCAGGGAACACCUACCCUCAAUUCCUGAGUCCUCCAAGGGCGUUUAUUUUUCUACAUGUCUGUUAUCAGUUAUUUUCCUCAUUGUUAUAACAAAUCACCUGACAGAAGCAAU